AUGGGAAUUGACAAACACCGCACAUAUAUCACCGGCUUCAGUGCUGGGGGUCAGAUGGCGUUUGCCUCAUUAUUCAUGCUUUGGAAGGCGUUGCAAUAUGAAGACCUACGGAUUGACCGUGCAGCACUGGGCAUGGUGAAGGGCAUAACAGCAUUUUAUCCGCCAAUGGAUCUAACAAGAACCCGUGCUGAGCGGGCUGCCUCGAACCCAGCAUUUGUUACCCUAAAGAAGAAGUCCAUUUCUUCUUCCAAGUUCAUCGGUUCCAUUUUUGACCAGGCCUACUUUUGGAAACUUCCGUAA